AGUAAAAAAGAAGGGUGAACUAAACGUGUGAGGGUGCUUUGACGAUAAAAAAGCAUCACAUGUAUCAUAUAGAACAAUGGUAAAGCAAACGAUUCAAAUCUUUGCCCGUGUGAAACCGACGAAGAAACCCACCGCAGAGUACUUUGUGCACUGUGAGGAGGAGGGCGGUAGUUUGGAGUUUGUGGUUCCCAGAGACUUGGCAGAUGGUGUUAUCAACAAUAAGAGGGAAAACUACAAAUUCAGGUUUCAGAGGGUUUUUGACCAAACAGCCAAUCAAGAGGAAAUCUUUCAGGCCAUUGCAAAGCCUGUUGCUGAUAAAUUUUGGUUGUGCUGCGGAUUCCAGCUUUUCUCCUGUGGAUACAUUAAAAAGACCUUUUGUUUCCUGCUUCUUCGUCAUGUGCUCCUUACAGCACCAACACACGUGACAAUAACUAGUGUGCUGGCAGGUUAUAAUGGGACCAUCUUUGCCUAUGGCCAGACUGGAAGUGGAAAGACCUUUACAAUAACUGGAGGCGCAGAGCACUACAAUGACCGAGGGAUCAUUCCCAGAACUCUUUCUUACCUUUAUCAGCAUUUCAGCAAGAACAGCAGCAUGAUCUAUACAACCCACAUAUCAUACCUGGAAAUCUACAAUGAGACUGGCUAUGAUCUACUGAAUCCCCAACAUGAGACAUCUCUUAUGGAAGACUUACAGAAGGUGACAAUCAUGGAAGAUCCAGACCAGAACAUUCACCUCAAGAGCCUGUCAUUGCAACAAUCGGCAAAUGAAGAGGAAGCUUUGGAUUUGCUCUUUUUAGGAGACACUAAUCGUAUGAUCGCAGAGACUCCCAUGAACCAGGCUUCUACACGGUCUCACUGCAUCUUUACCAUUCACCUGUGUAGCAAAGAACUGGGCUCAGCCAUGGUACGGCACUCGAAGCUGCACCUGGUGGAUCUGGCUGGGUCUGAAAGAGUGGGAAAGACAGGUGUGGGUGGUCAGAUCCUAACAGAAGCAAAAUAUAUUAACCUCUCUCUGCACUACUUGGAGCAGGUCAUCAUAGCCCUGUCGGAGAAGAAUAGAUCCCAUAUUCCUUACCGCAAUUCCAUGAUGACCUCUGUGCUUAGAGACAGUUUGGGCGGUAACUGUAUGACCACCAUGAUCGCUACUGUGUCUGUUGAGAGGAGGAACAUUGGGGAGUCUAUAUCCACCUGUCGUUUUGCUCAGAGAGUGGCUUUGAUUAAGAAUGACGCUUUGCUCAAUGAAGAACUGGAUCCUGCUCUGCUGAUUGUCCAUUUGAAGAAGGAAAUCCAGUCUUUGAAGGAAGAGCUGGCUCUGGUUACUGGAGGGCAAAGGAGUGACAAGCUAACCCAAGAAGAGAUCCAACAGUUGGAAGAGCAGAUAAAUGUGUAUCUGGAUGACCCUGACAGUGACGUAACAUUAAACCUUGGGCCUGAUAUGAGAAAAAUCCACUUUUGUUUCUCUCUGCUAAAGGUGAAGGUACGAGAGGGAUCCUGUGCUCAAAAUGGGGUGAUUAAUGACAGCACUCCUUUAAUGGGUGUGUCUGAUGAAGAGCAAAGAAAAUCAUAUGCUGAAGUCCAAAAGCUGCGGGACAAGUUGACCCACCGUGAUAAUGAGAUCAGUAUAUUGGUGAACAUGCUUAAGAAAGAAAAGAAGAAAGUUCAAGAUGUGAGUUCACAACUGGCCCAGAUACUCAAUCAAAACCCAUUAACCUACAAUUCAUCCUGGUCACCAACAACUGUACAGGUGGAAGAGAAUGCAAAAUAUGACCCCUCUAAUGAUGACACACAUGUUCAGCAUUUGAUGACCAGAAAAAGAGUACUGGAAUUAUCUGUGGGUCAGCAGGAGGCAUUUGAAGUCUUUCUGAGAGACCAUGAAGACCGUUUAUCAAUUGAAAAUAACAGAGCUGUGUUGCAACAAAGGUUUGUUGAAGCCAAAACACUUGGUGAGCAAGUUAACCAGAUCAGGAUCAGAGUCAAUGAGCUGAAGUCCCAGCUGAAAAUUAGACGAAAGCAAAUGGCAGCCCAAGGCUUAACAGGAAACCAAACAGCAUCAGAGUCAGACUAUGUUGAGGAGAGAGCUCUCAAGGAGAUAGAGGAGGAAAAGAAAAAUUACAAGUUCAAAUCUGGAUGUUUAAAAGGGUUGAAGACAGAGAUUGAACAUCUACAGCUGUUGCAUGAAAAGCUGAAAGUGAAACUCCAAAAGGACUUUGAGAAUUGGUGGACCCAGGAGGGCGCUAGACUACAGGGUCACAGCGCAGAGAACUCAGAAAGCAGUCAAAGUCACGUCAGCCCUCUCAGCUGCAUGAUAACCAGAGCCUUGCCCCCAGCUGAAUACUUAUCUACCUCUAUUCCUUUAACUGGAGAUAAACAGACUGAUGCUGAUAUACAGGCCUUCAUCAGAGCCAGACACAACCUACUCAACAGCACAGGAGCAACAAAAUAAGAACAGUUAAGAACAGAGGAGGACAAAAAAUGAAGUCACACAUUUCUGCAAAACUCUGGGCCAGGUCGAUCCCUAAAGGUCGCCUUAAUGACUCCUGAAUAUGUCAAAACCCUCAUGUCUCUGGUUCAGAAGAAGCUGGGCACUCUGACACAUAUAACAGCAUAAUUUUAUAUUACAUAUCACAAUUUACAACCUGGUUGGUUAUUAAUCUGUUACCUUUUAAUGGAGAACCUGAGCAAAUGUGUUUACAAGUUAUCGUAAAGUGUUAACCUGAUCAGAGCUCUGUCUCCCUGCCAAACCCAAUAUAAUCUUAUUUACAGAGUGGUGAAAUCAUAUCCUUUGUUUGUUUGAAUGUUUUUCAGACACUAUAAUUAAUUGUUGUGUGUGUGUGUGUGUGUGUGUGUGAAAUAAUGUCACUGUUUCUUUUUGGCCAUUACGCUGUUUACAAAUGUUUUAUUACCUGUUGAUCUACACAAGUCUUUGAGUCAUUCACAUUAAAUGCCUGUAGAUUUGUGAGGUGUAAGAAGAUUCUCUUUUCAAUCAAUGGUAAAUUGCUUCCGGCUUCGCUACUGUUCGGACACUAUUGCUUACUGCUCACUGCUCCACGCUUUGCUCCCUGUUUAUGUACUUUUCUCAGAUUUUUCUAAGAUUUCAACUGCAGAAAAUCAGCACAGUGCUCAAACAAAACAUUUUUGGCAGAAACACUAAAAGUAAAAACUUUUCGGGACUGGAAUAAUAGAAGACUUUUUGCCUCCCACUGCCAGCAGCUUACAUUCCAGAGAUGGGAAAACAGCUGCCUACAUUCAAACAAUAAAAGGAGUGAACUUCAUCUGCAACUUGCAAGUGUCUUUUGGUCAGUACUUGUCUUUUUAAUAUCUAGGUAUUGUGCUGAAAGGUGCUCCACACAUUCUGUUUAUCAUUAUUUACAGGCCUCCAAAAUACUAUCCAGCCUUUGUUGAAGAGUUCACAGAACUGUUAUCAAUGAUUUCCUCAGAGUUUGACUGUUUUGCUAUUGCAGGGGAUUUUAAUAUUCACAUAUAUAAUGCAGAAAUCAAUACUACAAAAUAAAUUAUAACAGUUUUAAACACUUUUGACCUGAUUCAGCAUGUGCAUGGACCCACACACAAUAGUGAACACACUCUAGAUCUACUCAUCAGUAGGGGUCUAAACAUUUCAUCCAUUGUUAAUUAAGGACAUAGCACUAUCUGAUCACUUGUAUUUGUAACUGUAUUUUAUUUGAUAUAUUGAUCUCUGCUACCACUGAAUCUAGAUCUGUCUCUGUCAGAAAGAAAUGCAUUAACGAGAACACAAGUGUUCUAUCAAUCUGGUUUCCGACCACAUCACAGUACAGAGACAGCACUUAUAAAGAUAAUAAAUUAUAUUCGCUUAAAUUCUGAUUCUGGCAAAAUAUCAGUGCUGGUACUACUAGAUCUCCAUGCUGCGUUUGACACUGUCAAUCAUAACAUACUUCGAGAGAGACUGGAAAACUGGGUCGGGCUUUCUGGGAUGGUACUCAAAUGGUUCAGGUCAUAAUUAGAAGGGAGAUGUUAUUAUGUGAGUAUAGGAGAGCAUAAGUCUAAGUGGACAUCUAUGAUGUGCAGAGUCCAACAAGGUUCAAUUAUUACACCGCUCUUGUUCAGCCUGUAUAUGCUCCCACUAAGUCAAAUAAUGAGAAAGAACCAAAUUGCCUAUCACAGCUUAUGCAGAUGGUACCCAGGUUUACCUAGACUUAUCACCAAAAGCCCCAUUGACUCCCUCUACCAAUGCAUUGAUGCAAUUAUCAGGUGGAUGUAACAGCUGGAACUUUCUUCAGUAAAACAAGGAGAAAACUGAAGUCAUUGCAUUUGGAAACAAAGAUGAAGUUCUCAAAGUUAAUGCUUAACUUGACUCUAGGGCUCAAACAACUAAAAAUCAAAUCAAAAAUCUUGGGGUGAUUCUGGAGACAGACCUUAGUUUUAGUAGUCAUGUCAAAGCAGUAACUUAAUCAGCAUACUAUCAUCUCAAAAACAUUGCAAGAAUUAGACGUUUUGUUUCCAAGACUUGGAGAAACUUGUUCAUGCCUUUAUCACCAGCAGGGUGGACUAUUGUAAUGGUUUCCUCACCGGCCUUCCCAAGAAGACCAUUAGACAACUGCAGCUCAUCCAGAACACUGCUGCCAGGAUUCUGACUAGAACCAGAAAAUCUGAGCAUAUCACACCAGUCCUCAGGUCCUUACACUGGCUUCCAGUUACAUUUAGAAUUUAUUUUAAGGUACUUUUACUCGUUUAUAAAUCACUCAAUAGCCUAGGACCUAAAUAAAUUGCGGAUAUGCUCACUGAAUAUAAACCUAACAGACCACUCAGAUGAUUAGGAUCGAGUAAGUUAGAAAUACCAAGGGUUCACACAAAACAAGGGAGUCCGCUUUUAGCUAUGUUGCCGCCCGCAGUUGGAACCAGCUUCCAGAAAAGAUCAGAUGUGCUAAAACAUUAGCCACAUUUAAAUCUAGACUCAAAACUCAUCUGUUUAGCUGUGCAUUUACCGAAUGAGCACUGUACUACGUCCGAACUUUGCACUGUAUUUUAUGUAUAAUCAUUUUAUAUUAUUAACUUUUAAUUCAUUUUAAAUCAUUUUUUAAUCAUUUUAAAAGUUUUUAAAUUCCUUGUUUUAUUGUUGUGAUUAUUUUUUAUGAUUAUUUUACUUUCUUUUAUGUAAAGCACUUUGAAUUACCAUUGUGUAUGAAAUGUGCUAUAUAAAUAAACUUGCCUUG